CUUGUCACAAGUCACAACUGUCAAUAAUUAACACAAUUUUUCUGUACAUUCAAAUUUUAUAAAAUAUAAAAUUUAUUCUAUUCAAAAUGAGUACUAUGCCGGUUACAACUUCAACACUGUUACCAUUAGAAUUGGUUGACAAAUGUAUAGGAUCAAGAAUUCAUAUAAUUAUGAAAAAUGACAAAGAAAUCGUUGGAACUCUAUUAGGAUUUGAUGAUUUUGUCAAUAUGUUAUUAGAUGAUGUUACAGAGUAUGAAAAUACACCGGAGGGAAGGCGAAUAACGAAACUUGAUGAAAUAUUACUUAACGGAAAUAACAUAACUAUGCUUGUACCAGGUGGAGAUAUGCCAGAGUAAUUUAUGCAAAAGUGAAUUAAUUUCAAAUAUUUUUUAUAAGAACAACUUUUAAAAAUAAAUAGAUUUGUAAGCUAUAAA